AAAAUCAUGUGGGACACAUUACAGGAAACAGUGGGAAUGGGGACGUCCACCAUUGGAAUAUAAACAUCAACGGUGGCCGUCCCCUUUCCUUCGUUGGGGCCCACUUGAGUUUUGCAUCUACCUGAUGUUUGGCCUCACAUCUUAAUAUGAACUGGAACAACUGAUGGACGGAGUGGAUGUCAUAUAUAAAUCACGGUGGAUCCCACAGAACAUUUCCUUUCACACACGCGUCCUAUCAUCUCCCAGAAACAAUUUCAACGGCCGAUAUACAACGAAAACGAGCAGCUCUCAAAACCCUCUGAUCACUAUGAAUUUUUGGUUCGUGGUCCGUCAGUGAUGGUUACGUGGGGUAGACCGUUCGGAUCAUCCAAGUCAGCAUCCCUGUGGGCCCCAUAAGAGCAACACAUGAACUCAAACAACUCUUUUGGAAGGAAGUUGGUUAAGAGUUCCCGCCACUUUCAAACAACCCUUCCUCUCUAAUCCGUAAUAAAAACCCCCAAACCUCCAAAAACCCUUCAAUAGCCAUUUCAAAAUCAAGAAAGAGAGAGGGAGAGAAUGGAGGGAAGAUCCAAAGAAGAUACAAGAAAGCCGAGCAGCGCUCCCUGCCAAAACCCUAGCUCCCCCAACUGCAACUUCUGCGGCCGCACCAAGCGCGAGAUCUCGCACGCUUACGGCCGUUCGAUCUCCUUUCCUCCGUCAUCAUCCCCGGCCCAUCAUCGCCCAUCCCCCGCCCUUUUCCGCAGCAUGAGCGACGUCUCUCCAUUACCGUCACCAUUCCCAGCCCUCUGGAAUCAGAUCCCGGCAACGCCGACGACGUCGCCGCCCGUUCGGACCUCGCCGGCUCCGGUUCCUCCCGCCGUCAAGAUCUCGCCGGAAACGAAGACGAUCCCCUGCAAGAAUGCGGACGUCUCGUUGGCCUAUCCUGCUUCUGAAACGGUUUCCGCGUCUCUGGAUCCCAAUCCGGACUCGGAUCCGCCAACUGAGGAAGUCAUGGCGAAGAAGCUACGGAUGUUGGGGGAGCAGCUGGUGGAACUGAAGAAGGAGAUGGGAAGAUUUGCAGAGAUUCUCAGGGCUAAAAUUGAGACAAAUGUUUUGGGAGGAGCACUAACGGAGAAGAACAACAACAACACCGCCUCCAAGGAGCAUGAAGAACUUACCAUUGGAAGCAGUGGAGAAAAGCUGGAAAUUUCGAUCGCUUGCUCAUGUGGCAGGUCCCACAAUGUCGUCCACAUGACCUCCCAAUGAUCAUGAUGAUAGAGAGAGAGAGAGAGAGAGAGAGAGAGAGAUUUUAAACUUCCAGUUACGAUUAAUUUGCGGUCUCCCAUCUUGUCUAUAUGUCAUCGAACCAAAUCGUCAGGUGUGUCUCACUAGAAUGCAGCACUGAAAUUCAGCUCAUUCCAAAAUUUAGGAAGGCCACAGUAAGUAAAUGCAUAGGUUAUAGGCAUCACUUUCAUCAUGAAUUCAGACAAUACGGCAUUCCACACUUACGCGAGGGUGUUCCGUGGGCGCAGUGACAGAUGAGUAAGGGUGGACUAGCGCAUAAGUUUUUGAAAUCUGAACCACUUAUCUGGUGGGCCCUGGCAUGGAUGUGGUCACACCGAAAUGUCAGGCUGGAUGUACAAUCCCACCUUCCCAAUUUGAACAUGAAACGUAAGUUUGACGGCCAUCUUUCUCUUGGGUUUCAACUGGUUAGCCUGAAAUUCAGAUAUGGUACUUCCAUUGUGGGGCUGACAUAAUAAGGGUCACCAAUCUUGCACAUGUGCUACAAGGUGUGCGAGUUCUCAAGAUUACUCGUUGUGGGUGGAUGAAGGCUAUCUUGGGCUUUCCUUGUGCACUCUAAUAAAUAGCAGAUGCCAUGCCAAGCUCAGUUGACGGAUUUUACAAGGGCUGUUGUUCAGUGAUCCUGAUCGUUGAUAUUAUGGGUCACAUUCGUUAAUGGCCAUGUACCCAAAAUGGCAUGGUUAGGUUAAAAAAAAAAAUGCAGCUACAGUUCCCAUUCAACCAAUGGAAGGCAAAUAUUCAUCCUCUCGUUGGUAUGGGCCAUCUGCGUCCCAUCUUAUCAAUGCUUCAGAUCUAUUGAGCUAUAAGCCAACGUGUAAUAACUGAAAAUAUAAUUCCACUAGUAAUCAAAUUUCACAAAUAUUGUAAUGGGGUUUGUGGUUGAUUAAUGAAGGCAUUGUAUGAUCAAGAAAUUGCCAUGUCCUCAUACAGAUGGAUAUGGAUGAUAUAAUGGGAUGUAGGAUUUGUGCAAGUGGGGCCCAUGUUUUAGUGAUUCAGACCAUUGAGCUGUUGGGAGAUCUUAGCCACUAAUCUCCCAGAUUGGAAGAUUCUUAGCUGCGAAUAUGUUGGGUGCAUUUUGCUUGAAUGGGCACUUUGAUCCUCUCCUCUUCCUGAUUGUUAUCACGAUAAUUGAUGGUUAGGUGAUGGAUGAUACACGUGCACUGAAAGUUGUGUUCUUAACAUAUAAUUAAUUAAUUCAGUUGAACCAGGCCUAGAGAAGAGAAGCAAUAAAAA